AUGAGGACGUGGUCCUCAAAGGCGACUUUUUCUCUGUCGAUUCUGGAGAAGUGGUCGCGCUGGCCGGGACGGGGCUUCUCGACGGCGGCGGGGAUCAGCGUGCGCGCGCUGGCGUCGGGCGAGGCUGGCUGCGAUGCUGUGGUGGAGGACGAGGACGAGGGUGGCUCGAGCUGCGGCUUCUUCGAGCCCGCGCGGUCGAACGACGCCUUCCGUUUGGCAGGUUCGGAGGAGGAGGAGGAGGAGGAGGAGUCUGAGCCAGAAUCAGAAGACUCAUCUGAGCUGGAGUCUGAGCUGGAGUCUGAGCUGGAACCUGAGCUGGAACCUGAGGAGCUGUCACUGUCACUGUCAGAAUCCUCAGAGCUAUCGCUGUCCGAGCUGGAGCUGUCCGAGCUAUCGCUGCUAGAACUGUCGCUGUCUGAACUGUCGCUGUCUGAACCCUCACUGCUGGAACCCUCACUGCUGGAGCUGGAGCUGUCAGAGCUGGAGCUCUCGCUGUCGCUGUCAGAGUCGCUCGAACUGUCGCUGUCCGAACUGUCGCUGUCAGAGCUGGAGCUGCUGUCCUCGUUCUCGCUGCCCUUCUCGCUCUCUGGCUCCUUCUUGGCGUCCUCCUCGGAAUCUGACGAGUCGGAGUCUGACGAGUCUGACGAGUCUGAGGAACUCGAGUCAGAAGAGCUCGAAUCACUAUCACUAUCGCUCUCACUCUCACUCUCGCUCUCACUUCCACUCUCACUUCCACUCUCACUUCCACUCUCACUUCCACUCUUGGGCUCUCCCUCACUCUCGCUCACCCACUUCUCCUCCAGCUGUCCCUCGACCUCGCUGAUUUUUUCUCCGGCUUCGCGCCGCAGAGCUUUCUCUGCUUUGACGUAG